GAGCAAGUCAUGCAGAGGGACCCUUGGGUGAAGGCAAACAAAUUAUUGAGGAAGUGGCAUCUGAAAACUCCAGGGAAGCAAGCGUAGGUAGAACAACUUGCCUGCAACAGACGUCAAGGCUGCGACAGUGGCUGCUCUCCUGCUUCCCUCGGAAGGCAUUGAGGGCCUGCAGGGGACCGGCAGACUGUCAAGGGGAGGACCAGUGUCCCCGUGGUCUUGGUGGGAAUCAUCUGUGACCCCGCCCACUCACCUGGCCGCCGUUGCCCUGUGCUGCCCAGCACCUGGAGAAGAUGAAGGCGUCUGUGGUUCUCUCCCUCAUUGGCUGCCUGGUGUUUCCAAGCAGUGCUCGCAUCAUAGGGCGUUGCACAGUGGCUAAGAAGCUCCACCAAGGAGGCCUGACUUAUUAUGAGGGCUACAGCCUUGAAAACUGGGUGUGCCUGGCUUAUUUUGAGAGCAAGUUCAACCCCACAGCCGUGUACGACAACGCACCUGGAGGCUACACUGGCUACGGCCUCUUUCAGAUCCGAAGCAAUGACUGGUGUGGCCAUGGCAAGAGCCGCUGCCAUACGGAAUGUUCCGAAGGAGGGCCCGAGCACCCCGGCAUCCUCAAGGCCUUCCUAACGAGCAAUCCUCCCUCCACCUUGGCAGCUUUACUGAACCAGAAUUUGCAGAAGACAAUUGAAUGUGUCAAGAUAAUUGUAAAAGGGAAAGAUGGGAUGGGAUCAUGGCCCACCUGGUCCCGGUUCUGCCAGUACUCCGACACCCUGGCGCGCUGGCUAGACGGUUGCAAGCUGUAGCCACCUGAGAGGUCCCCCUCACACUCACCAGGUGCGUCUUGUGAAUGAAGACGCUUUUCUGUUUGCCGCUUCACUCAAUCCUGUUGAUUAUGUCACUGCUCGGCAGCUCCAGACGGAAAAGGACAAAAGUUUGCUUCAUGCGAUGAGGGACGCAGAAUAAACCAAAUGGAGGAUUUGAAGGGAGGAAACUCUCCGGAAAAUAACACAUGUCCAUGAACAUCAAUAUUAAAUAGGGAGAGGAAGGAAGGAUACUGUGGAAGCAAAGAGUGGAAGAAGAGAGGAAGUGAGGGGGCGCCACUCUGGAUGGCUUCAGUGUUUACAGGGAUGAGCCACCAGCACCCUGGCACCUCAGUUCCUUGAAGUCAUCACCUGCAGAGUUCUCAUCCUCAGCCUUCCUUCAUCCACCACUGUGACCGCCACACCUUAGCCUUGUCGUGACUCGGCUUUCCAGGGGCUCCAUGGAAUUAGUUGCUGGCAACGAUUGGCAGAAGAGCUAUAGGAGCAAAAGUCAGCCACCUCUAGGGCGCACUGCACCAGUGGUUUGAGGAGUCAGAAAGUUGCUGAUGCUUCCCUGGUGUCUGGAACUUGCAGGAAACUGCUGCCAACUUCCCAGGAACUCGGCCGCCUUGAGUGAG